CUCCAUCUGUCCUUCAAAAGAUUUCUUGAGGCACAAAUCCCAAUUUCUUUCUUCCAAUUUCCGCUAUCAAUAUUUCAUUUUUGGGUAAAAUUUCCACUUAUCGUUUUGAUCCAUGGCGUCUCGCCGGCGAAUGUUAUUGAAGGUCAUAAUCCUCGGAGACAGCGGGGUUGGUAAAACAUCAUUGAUGAAUCAGUAUGUGAACCGUAAGUUCAGUAAUCAAUAUAAGGCUACCAUUGGUGCUGAUUUUCUCACCAAGGAAGUUCAAUUUGAAGAUAGGCUGUUCACAUUGCAGAUAUGGGAUACUGCUGGUCAAGAGAGGUUUCAGAGUCUUGGUGUUGCUUUCUACCGUGGUGCAGACUGCUGUGUCCUUGUUUAUGACGUAAAUGUCAUGAAAUCUUUUGAUAAUCUCAACCACUGGCGUGAAGAAUUUCUUAUACAGGCUAGUCCAUCUGACCCAGAAAACUUCCCAUUCGUUGUCUUGGGAAACAAAAUAGAUGUUGAUGGUGGUAAUAGCCGAGUUGUUUCUGAGAAGAAAGCAAAAGCAUGGUGUGCUUCCAAGGGAAACAUUCCAUACUUUGAGACCUCUGCAAAAGAAGGAUUUAAUGUAGAGGCUGCUUUCCAGUGUAUAGCCAAAAAUGCACUCAAGAAUGAACCUGAAGAAGAAGUAUACCUGCCUGAUACAGUUGAUGUUGGUGCUGGUGGACGGCAACAAAGGUCUACAGGCUGUGAGUGCUGAAUUCAGAGUUCUUGGACCUGCUUCCUCUACUUGCUUCCCUUCAAAUUGUUCAGUCAUUAGUCAGCUACAUUGUUUACUGUGGAAAAAUUGAGGACAAUUUAUGAUUUCUACUUAUUUUUUUGUUAAUCAUUAGUGGUCUAACUUUUGUGCCUUUCACUUUUUCUAGUAUCAAACUUGAUAUUUGUAUCAAAACUCUUUUUUACCACAUUUCAUCCAUUGUAUACUGAGGAUUCUGGUUAAGUUGUGCUUGCUUAUUACAAUAGAUUCGAGGUUAUAUGUUACUAAA